CCAUCUCCUACCACUCCAACAGACCUUCUACUAGCAUCGCUAACAAGCUCUCACCUCACCAAAUCACGAUAUAAUAUUCACUCAUCCAUCUAUCCACUCACCGUUAUCAUGUCUGCAAACUCAUCGACCUCCACUGUGAACCAGUCGCCUCUCGCGUCGUUCGACCCAUUCGCAACCCACCCAUUCACAAGCAUGCAACACGCACCUCGUCAAUCUCCUCGUCCCUCUCAAUACCCCCGCCAUAUACCAGCCUCUCACAUGCACCUGCACGCAGUCCAAUCCUCUUCAACUUCCUUCCCCACUCCACAAACUUCAAACUCAAACCAACCAACCCACUCCGCACCAGCGCCACAGAGGCAGCAUCAGACAAGUUCCAAGGGAAUCUUCGUACCCUACGUACCCGACCGCCGUCCUAGCACGCCAGAGUUGGAGGAUAUCAGGAAGAAGAAGGUGACGCAGACGUGGAGUAUGAAGUAGGACCCUGGUCAGGCAUUCAGGGCGGAGUGAGGGGUAGCAGAUAUGUUUGCCGGGGCGUGUUGGUGAGGAGUCGUUGAAACGGUCUUGUGUUUCUCAUACCCCUGCUAUCGAUCUGUUCUCUGCAUAUUUAGCUUGCUGUUUCCGAGUUGUACGACUAUAAAUGAUGAAGUAAUUGACUGGACCUUUGUACAUAUCAUAUUGUCUUUUUGUAGCGGUGGAUGGAGGGUGGAGGGCAGACAGUGACUCGGUCGGGCGGAAGUGCGGGAUUGCGGGGAAGUCUUGUAUUUCAUAAUUCGGUUCUGAUCGACGCGGAGUUCGAAUGCAUCUUAUAUAACUUGAGUCAUCUUCCG